AUGCUGAUCUUCAAGAAUCCUAACUCGAGCCAUCCUAUUCAGGGACUUCCAGACUCCGUGGACGGCGUUUGCUAUCGCUCAACGCCGAGUGCGUUCAUCAACAAUGUGACGAUGGAGGAGUGGCUACACGAUGUUCGUUGUUGUUGUUGGGGACCUGGAGGUCCGUUUGCUGGCGACCGUAUACUCUGGAUGGACAACGCAAGCGGCCACUCAAGCCCCGAGCCUGCUGACCGCUUCCCUAUUCAGCGAAUAAAGGCACAUUGGCGCUCCAUUUGCGAGGCACGCAAUAUGCAAGCUAUUCGGGACGGGGACUGGGCGACAAAUUCAAAGGCUCUGUCAAACCCUGGGAAACAGUUCUUCUUGGAGACAGCAGCGGAGUGCAUUCGACGAGUCAACCUUGAGGUUGAUAACGCUGGACUCAAUUGGGCAAAGAAGUCCAUGCUCGAAUGUGGAUUAGACGUCCCAGCUGAUGGUGUUUGGAAAUUAGUAGAAAGUUACGUGAGCUCUUGGCGGCUCACCUAG